GCUCGGACACACCCAAUGGUUUCAAGCCAAGUCCCGUUAUGAGGAAUGGGAAAGUGAAACCAGACGUCUCGAUAGACUGAUAGAGGAUGAUAAGAGACAGUCCGGCUGUCGCAGAUACACCUCCCCCGAUUUCACUCACCGACUUUCGUUUACAGUCAUCUUCGUUCGUAUUACCGCUCGGACACACCCAAUGGUUUCAAGCCAAGUCCCGUUAUGAGGAAUGGGAAAGUGAAACCAGACGUCUCGAUAGACUGAUAGAGGGACAGAUACCAGACAGUUCGUGAACAGAGAUGCAGUUAUAAUUCAAGGCGAGUUAUUUUUCUAAUACCACAAAUUGAGAAUAUAAAAUGGCUGGGUGCAACACAGACUGCGUUGAGAAGCCUAUGGCAAGGGGAUUUGAAAUACUUGGGCGUUUUGUUGGUAGACACCCCUGGUGUUUUAUUAUUCUUCCAAUGUUGAUUUCUGCGUGUCUUGGCGGAGGAUUUUACUUCCUUGCGGACAGAGAAGCAAACGGCAUUGAAGAGAUGUUUACACCUAUGAAUGGACCGGCGAAAGACGAACGACGAGUAGUUAAAGAAUACUUUCCACAGAAUGAUAACGAAUUCUCUCGUUUGCGGCUCUAUACUGAAGGGACCUUUGCAUCUCUCAUAAUUGUUACGCCUACAGCAAAUAUCCUCACAAUUCCUGCUUUUACUAAAAUUGUUGAUAUUGACAGGGAAGUGAAAGCCAUUGAAGUAGGAACAUUUAAUUUCUCAAAUCUUUGUGUUAAGAAAGGUGAUGUGUGCGUGUCAAAUUCAAUCUUUGAUAUUGUAAAAACUCCCAAUGUUACCACAACAACUAUUGAUUACCCGUAUCAUGACAACAUUUUCAUCGCAUCUGAAAUUGGUGGUGUGAAACUGAAAACUGGGUCAACUGAAAUUGAAAGCGCAAAGGCAAUUCGACUUUUUUACUUCUUAAAAGAAGACAACCAGACUGUAACUACGAUGUGGCUGCAGAAGUUUAUAGAGACUGCGUCGAUGAUGCAACAAGAAGGCAUGAACAUAUCUUACUUUACAUCAAUAUCAAGAGAAGAAGAGUUUGAGAAGAGCUCUGACUCCAUCAUUCCCCUCUUCUCAUUGACCUAUGCCCUGGCCAUCACUUUUUCAAUCACAUCUUGUAUAAGGUUGGACUGUGUUAGGAACAAGGUGUGGGUGGCGACCUUUGGUGUCCUCUCAGCUGGUAUGGCAGUGUUGUCCAGUUUUGGGUUGUUGCUGUACUGUGGGAUGCCCUUCUCUAUGACUGUGGCAACAGCUCCAUUCCUGAUUCUGGGAAUUGGUGUUGACGACAUGUUCAUCAUGAUUUCUUGCUGGCAGCAGACUCAAGUUCAUGGCGACGUAGAGGAUCGUAUGGCGGCUACAUACAAAGAGGCAGCUGUUUCUAUCACCAUCACAACACUAACUGAUGCCCUGGCUUUCUAUAUUGGUCUGUUAACUCCCUUUGGUUCUGUACAGUCCUUUUGUAUGUAUACUGGCACAGCUGUGCUCUUCUGCUACUUGUACAACAUCACCUUCUUUGGUGCAUUUCUGGCACUGAAUGGAAGACGUGAAAAGAGCAACAGACAUUGGCUGACCUGCAUGAAGGUUCCAGAACCAGAGGAGAAUUCUGAAAAGUACAAUAUCUGCUGUGUAGGGGGAGCUUAUGAUCAUGGAACGGGAAAAGAGGAACCAAUGCCAAUUAACAACUUCUUUAAGACGUACUAUGGUCCAUUUCUAACAAAUAAUUGGACCAAGGGGUUUGUGAUCCUGCUCUAUGCUGGAUAUUUGGGCUCAAGCAUCUAUGGUUGCUUCCAAAUCAAAGAGGGCAUAGACCUUAAAAACCUAGCAGCUGAUAGCUCAUAUGUGGGUAGCUAUUAUGAUAAUGAGGAUGAAUUAUUUUCAGAGUAUGGUCCAAAUGUUAUGGUUGUUGUGACAGACAGUGAGUUUCAAUAUUGGAAUGAAAGUGCUCGGAAUAGUCUUGAUGUUUGUCUCAAAAGUUUUGAAGAUCUGAAACUGGAUGGUCGAUCAUUGAUUGCUAAAGAUAUGACCUUAUCUUGGCUUCAUAUAUAUGUGAACUCAAGGGCAGUUACAAAUCCAAAUGACCAAACUGUUUUCAUGAAUAGUUUACCUGCAUUUUUACAACCAUCAGGUUUCACACAAGAUGUGAAUUUUACAGACAACACAAUAUAUGCCUCACGUAUGUUCAUUCAGACAGUCAAUGUCAGUACAGCUGUUGAUGAAAAGAACAUGUUGAAUGAGCUUCGAGAGACAGCUAAUGAUUGUCCAGUAAAGUUGGUUGUUUACCACCCUGCUUUCAUAUACUUUGACCAAUAUGCAGUCGUUGUUAGUAACACCAUCCAAAACAUUGUAGUUGCCACUCUUGCCAUGCUGGUGAUCUCCCUCCUGUUGAUUCCCAACCCAAUAUGUUCUCUGUGGGUGACCUUUGCCAUUGCCUCUGUCAUAGUGGGUGUUGCUGGUUUCAUGGCAUUUUGGCAUGUCAAUCUAGACUCUGUAUCCAUGAUCAAUCUUAUCAUCUGCAUCGGUUUCUCAGUGGACUUUUCCGCUCACAUUUCCUAUGCCUUUGUCUCUAGCAAUAAGAGAACUGCUAAUGAGAAGGCCAUAGAUGCUGUCUAUCACUUGGGGUAUCCUAUCAUACAAGGAGCUGUGUCUACUAUCUUAGGAGUGGUGGCCCUGUGUGCAGCUGAGAGCUACAUCUUCAGGACCUUCUUUAAGAUCAUGUUCUUGGUCAUUUCGUUCGGGGUACUUCAUGGCAUCGUUUUCAUCCCUGUGUUUUUGACCUUCUUUGGAAUCUGUGGAGACAAAGUUGGUAAUAAAGAAGAUGUGAAAGGUAGACCUAUCACCUUGUCUCAAAUAGGUCACAUGUUGGUCACUCAAACCAGGUGACUCCAACAUGAAGAGUAAUAUAUGUUCAAUCUGUUCAUGACAUAGUCCCAAGAUUAUAAAUAAGUUAACAAGUCAGUUCAUUAAAACAACAUUCAUACAUUUUAAUUUUUUAAUAUGUAUUCGUGAGGAAUCUGUUGCUUUCAUUUAUUUCAUUUUAGAAAUUGUUUGUAAUGUAAAUACUAUCUCGAUUGUUAUUACAAUGUGAAUAUAUUUACCUUUUUUAAAAAGUUGUAAUUUAUUUAAAAAGCUAAUGAUAGUAUCACUGCUCUUUAAUAAGCUUUUACGUUUACGUAUCGGUCUCAAGGACUUUCUACAGAAGCUCAGACGAAGGCCUUGAGGCCGACACGUAAAGCUUAUUAAAGAGAAGUGAUACUACCAAGAGCAGUGUGUGUGAGGUUUCUUUUUUACUCAUCUUAUUCAACUGUUACCAUGCACCUGCAACUUAGAUAGCUCAGAUGUGCCUUUUUUGAAUUUUGAUUUAAAAAGCUAAUACAAUUAUUUCAUUUUCUAUAUUUCUUCAAAGAGCAGAUAAUCACUAUAGAUGUGAUAGUUAGUAACAGUGCAGAGUUUCUAUAUUAAACUUAUGUCACCUCUUUAUCUGUUCUCCUAGUUCUAGAGAUUCACACUCUUCAUACACAUUGUAAAUGAACCUGUGUGUCAGUGUUCAUCACCACCACAAUGUAUCAUGGCACGGCAAUAAUGACUAUGCUUCCUGCUGCCUACUUCUGUUUCUAAGGAAACCAGAGAAGUCUGUAUGUAUAUAAAAAAAGUAAAUAACUGAACUAUUAUAAGGAAACCAGAGAAGUCUGUGUCACGCCCUGACCUUAGAGAUCCUUAUUAUUCUCUAUGUUUGGUUAGGUCAGGGUGUGACUCGGGUGGGAAAUUCUAUGUUUUCUGUUUUUUUGUU